GCCAAGAACCACCAAAAAAAACACAAAAAAGAAAAGAUGGGCAGAACCACAAUCUUUCAAAUUUCUGUUCAUCUUCUAACCAUAUCCAACCACCCAUCAACCACAACUUACAGAAGGCAUAAUCAUGGCUAACUUGAUGAUGGCAGUUCAGCACCAAGCUCAGCCUUCUUUUUCUCUCCUCACUUCCUCACUUUCAGACUUCAAUGGUGCAAAACUCCACACUCAAAUCCAGUGUAAAAGAAAGGUAUGCAUGCAGACAAAAGGAGCAUUGCAAGUAACAGCAUCAUCAGCUUCUAAAAAUGUUCUUAUCAUGGGAGGUACUAGAUUUAUUGGUCUCUUUUUAUCUAGACUUCUUGUCAAAGAGGGUCAUCAGGUGACUUUGUUUACUAGAGGUAAAGCGCCAAUUACUCAACAAUUGCCAGGUGAAUCUGACCAGGAUUAUGCUGAUUUUUCAUCUAAGGUCUUGCAUUUGAAAGGAGACAGGAAGGAUUACGAAUUUGUGAAAUCUAGUCUCGCAGCUAAAGGGUUUGAAGUUGUCUAUGAUAUUAAUGGACGUGAGGCUGAGGAAGUUGAACCUAUAUUAGGGGCUCUACCAAAUUUAGAACAGUUCAUUUACUGCUCUUCAGCUGGAGUUUACCUCAAAUCUGAUCUCUUACCACACUUUGAGGAAGAUGCAGUUGACCCAAAGAGCAGGCAUAAGGGAAAGCUUGAGACAGAGAGCCUACUAGAAUCAAGCGGUGUUAACUGGACUUCUAUAAGACCAGUCUACAUCUAUGGACCCUUAAACUACAAUCCCGUCGAAGAGUGGUUCUUUCACAGGUUGAAAGCUGGCCGCCCAAUUCCAAUCCCCAACUCAGGAAUGCAAAUAUCACAACUUGGUCACGUAAAGGAUUUGGCAAAGGCUUUUAUUGAUGUUCUUGGCAAUGAAAAGGCUAGCAAGCAAGUAUUCAACAUAGCAGGAGAUAAGUAUGUAACAUUUGAUGGAUUAGCAAGAGCAUGUGCUAAGGCCGGUGGGUUUCCUGAACCUGAGCUUAUUCAUUAUAACCCCAAAGAAUUUGAUUUCGGGAAAAAGAAAGCGUUCCCAUUCCGUGACCAGCAUUUCUUUGCAUCAAUUGACAAGGCAAAGCGUGUUCUUGGUUGGAAACCGGAAUUUGACCUGGUGGAAGGCCUUACAGACUCUUACAACCUAGACUUUGGCAGGGGAACAUUCAGGAAAGAGGCGGAUUUCACCACCGAUGACAUGAUUCUUGCCAAGACACUUGUCCAGGCCUAGAUAUUUCAUCCUCUCCUCUUUUUAAUUUGCGCCUUUUUUUGUCGCUCGAUUUCUCUUAUGUUUGACUUUUCUUUAUUUUUUAACAAUUUCUGAUAAUGUGAAGUAUCAUUUUACUAAAUUCAAAACAAUUGCAAUUUCAAUAGAUAUAUCUGGAAUAAAUACUCUGUUGCCUCA